GGGCGCGAGCACUGUGACUGAGGGCUCGAGGCAGCGGCGGGCGCGCGGACGACGUAACCGCCACUUGAGCCGGGCUCGGGCUCGAGGCAGCGGGGCGAGCAGAGCGCGCGCACGCGAGCGCCGUGACCCGCCACCGAGGGGAGGGGAGAGCGCGUGCACGCACACGCCGGAGAGGAGCGAGCUACCGCCACCACCGGGUGGCUAGAGGGAGGGAGGGAGAGAUAGAAGCACAGGCACCGUCGCCACCACCACGGCCGCGAUGGAGUCGAGCGGCAGCCGGAGCCGUCGCUGAAGGAGCGGCCGAGUCCUCACUUUCUCUCCCCCCCCUUUCCCUUCCGAGCCGAUGAUUUCCAACCAGCAGAGCGGCGGCGGGAGCCGGGGGCGAGUCUCCAACGUCGGCUCCAUUCUCCUCACCCAUCAGGAGAACGAGUGCCUCUUCAACUGCCUGGGCAGGAAGUGCCUGACUCUCUCAUCAGCUGUUGUUCAAGUAUUUGCAGCAGAACGCAACUCUUACUGGACAAAAAAAUGCUGUGGUGUUGCCUGCCUUAUCAAAGACAACCCACAAAGAUCUUACUUUAUUCGAAUAUAUGAUAUAAAGGAUGGGAGAUUAUUGUGGGAACAAGAAAUUUACAACAAUUUUAUUUACAAUCAGUCCCGAUCAUACUUUCAUACAUUUAUUGGUGAUUCAAGCCAAAUUGGACUAAAUUUUGCAAGUGAAGAAGAGGCAAGAAGAUUUAGAUAUGCAGUUACUGACAUAAUUGGAAGACGGCAAAGAAGAUCUGAGAAGAGACGUGACCCACCGCCUUUAAAUGGUCCUUCUCUGCCUAUGGCUACAGUUGACAUAAAGAAUCCAGAAAUUACCAAUGUUCGAUUUACUGCACAAGCUAAUAAUUUUGUAUAUGCCAAAGAUAAGAAGAAAGUAAAAGGUAAAAAGAAGAAAUUGACUAAGGCGGACAUUGGCACACCAAGUAACUUCCAGCAUAUAGGACAUGUUGGCUGGGACCCAGACACUGGUUUUGAUCUGAAUAACCUGGAUCCUGAAUUAAAACAUCUGUUUGACAUGUGUGGUAUUUCUGAGUCACAACUGAAGGACAAAGAAACAUCAAAAAUUAUAUAUGAUUUUAUAGAGAAAAAGGGAGGAGUUGAAGCUGUGAAAAAUGAACUGCGUAGACAGGCUCCACCGCCACCUCCACCUUCCAGAGGAGGACCACCACCACCCCCUCCUCCACACAGUUCAGGACCACCGCCUCCACCUCCAGUUCGUGGCAGAGGAGCGCCACCACCUCCACCCCCUUCGAGAGCCCCGUCAGUAGCUCCAUCUGCAGCUCCGCCACCUCCACCUUCAAGGCCAGGAGUAGGAGCACCACCACCGCCGCCACCACCUCCCAGUAGAUUAUACCCACCACCUCCUCCCAUUCCAUCAGGUCCCCCACCACCGCCCCCACCGCCACACCCUGCACCUGGGGGCCCAGGAGCUGCUGGUCCACCCCCACCACCUCCCCCUCCACCUCCACCACCUGGCCCCCCUCCACUCCCUACAAUGGUCGAGAGUGAUGUUCCUUCCACUGGAGGCAAAUCUGCUCUUCUGGAUCAAAUCAGAGAAGGCACUCAGUUAAAGAAAGUUGAGCAAAGCAAUCGACCUGUGUCUGGCUCGGGCAGGGAUGCACUGUUAGGCCAAAUACGACAGGGUAUACAACUCAAAAUUGUAAAUGACCAGGAUUCAUCUUCUCCUUCAACGCCUACAGCAGGGAUUGUAGGAGCAUUGAUGGAGGUGAUGCAGAAAAGGAGUAAAGCCAUUCACUCUUCAGAUGAAGAUGAGGAUGAAGAUGAAGAGGAGGAUUUUGAUGAUGAUGAUGAAUGGGAAGAUUAGGGUUUUUUUUCCAGCAAGACUAUAAUCCUUGCUGUGUUUCUGAUUUCCUGUAAAAUUGUCCUGUAAAUGUUUUGCAGAAUUUGCUGUAUAUUUUUGUUGCCUUUUGCUCUUUUUCAUAAUCUGUGCAAUACCUCAUAUAAUAAUUCACUUGAUAAAGUAUUGUGGGUAAAGUUGCACCCUAUGCAAGAAAGAUGUUGGGACAAAUAAGGAACUACACAUAUAUGUUCAUACUAGUAACAAAAGAAAUUGUGUGAUGGAAUAGAGUUUGAAUUGAACUUUAAUUAUGCUUGUUGAAAGCCAGAGUAGUAACACUAUUUUUUCAAAUCCUGCAUUUUCUGUACCUAAGAAGAAACGACACUUAUUAAAACCAUGUAGCACUAUGAACUUUUUAGAUAUUCGUCUUCGGUUCGGACUAUUCAAUGCUUUGUUGCCGAAACUGACAAAACUUUGAACCCUGAAGUAAUUCACUACAAGAAUGCACAGCGUAUGGGCAACUCAUUUGUGUUUUGCUAUACAGUAAUAACUUAUCUCGAAGGAUACAAUAUAAAGUUGUAACCAGCGUAUCUGUGAUGAAUGUCUAAUACUAUUUUCAGCAAUACAGUUCUGCCAACUUUUUCAGUUGAAAUCCCCUUGCUUAUACAUUGGGUAAAAGUUUAUACUCUCAACUGCUUCCAUGUUUGGAAAUUAGGUUAUGUUUCAAAUAGGAAUCUGAGCUCUUAUGAAAACACUAAACGCAAUUGUGGGAAGAAGAUUUAUCCCUUAAGGUGCUAAGUAAAAGCAUUUCUUCUAAUCAUACGCUGUGCAUAUUUAGCAGCAUAAGGGUUAAUGGAAAAUAGUCUAAUGUUCAGUUUUCUGAUGAAGAAGGCUGUGAUUAGGAAUUUGUUUAAAAUUCAUAAAGGGCUGUGCUUAAUGCUUGUUAAACUGAAAAUUUGGGAAUAUUUGGAAGUGAACUCAUGUAAUGAUGAAUGUUGAUAUCAAUAUCUUUACAUUAUAAACCUUUUGAUGACCUUGCAUCAGAAUCAAAGAGUAAACUCUUAAUGCAGAUUACAAUUAUGGAAUGGAACUUUUAAUUGAAAAGUAUACUUAAAAUAAAUAUUUUAAAUUACCAAAAUCUAUAUGUCAAGUCUGUUGAGAUUUAUUACAAGGGCAAAGGUUAAGGACAGCUGUGUUAUUGCUGGCUUUUAUCCGGCAGUUCACUUUGAUUAUUUUCACCCACAACUGUGAAAUUAUUUUGGUUUGCUGCUCUGUCACCUCCACUUUUCCUUGGAUAAUGUGUGCAAUGGAUUUACUUGCUAUCUUAAUUUCUGCAACUGUUGACAAAUAUUCAAUGUACAAUUUCUGGCUGUUCUUUGUACGUAUCCAAAGCACUGUGGAUGCGUUCUCUUCAAUUUUGGAAACCGAAUCAAUUUCCAUUUUAGACGCCUCUUUAUUCUGUCAACUCUAAUCCUAAGCAUAACAUUCAGAAACUCUAACCCUUUUUUUAAAUUUGUGCCACGCUUUCUUAAAAUAGAACUGAGAUUGAGACAUUCAUAAAGCCUUAAAUAACAUCCAAGCUUUGAAAAUGUUACAACAUAUUUAAACUGUUCUGUAUUAAAAUAUAUCUGACCAUU